ACUUACAAGUGAUACGAGAGCCUCUCCGCGUCCCUCUUGGUCGAUGGUGAGGCAACCCUCCUUGGCGGGGGAGGGGGGUGGGGUGGUAUGUAACACGUUAGACAAAUCUCGCAUCGACAAAGCACAUAAGAGAUUCAUGAUUCAUAAGUAAGAAACCGACAUUAACUAACAAAACGUGUUUUGGGGGUGAAAUGAUAGAGUUAUUCUAAGAACUACGAAAUUAAACGUGCUCGUUGUGGAACAGCGCAAGGAUAGAUAACCUCUCGGAUGUCACCUUGAUAUGCACCCCAAAGCGAAAAUCAUGUGGAGCUAGACCAAAGCGGACAAUAUCUUGGUAGGAAAAAGUUGUGUCGUGUUACAUUAUCCAUUAAUUACUUACUCUCUUUUCGAUUUUGAACUUUCCUCUACUUAUUCAUCAAAACAUUCAAUCCGUCAUUUUCAGGAAAAAAAAAUUAUAUCCUUUCAAAAUCAUGGUUGUCAUGUCGGGUGGUAGAAUCGGGUUUAACUAGUACCAGUUACAAAAUCAUAUGGAAUCAUGGAAUGUCCCUGGUGCGAGUGACAUGAUCGAUUUAUGACAUUUAAACAAAAUGAUACCAUUUUGGUGAAUUUAAUUGAUAACAAAUAAUUUUUUAUUUGUUUCUUGAAUUGAAAGUAAAAUGUUGAUGUUAUUUAUUUGAGUGAAGUAUAAAUUUUUGGAUGUUGGCGUUCAAUGUUGUAUUUAAAUAUGAGAUUUUUUUUAUGAAUAUGAGAUUUUUCACUUGGAAUAUUGUAUUUUAGAGAAAUUGGCUUCAACUAUUUUCGUAUGGCCUAAACUUUGACCAAAAUAAACAUCCUGGCCAAUCUUUUUGAUCUAUAACAUCCUGGCCCGAACUAUACACCAAAAUAAACAAUUUGGCCAAACCCAAUGUUUGACCGUUAACUUGGACGGUCAAACGCGUUGAUUAACGGUCAAUGCGCCACAUCACUGCCAAGUCAGAAGAUCGGAUAAAUAGUUAAUUUUUUUGUUUUUUUAUUUUUGGUUUAACUAAGGUAUUAGAUGAUUUUUUUUAAUUUAUAAUAAUUUAAAAUUAGGGAAUGUGUGGAAUUGUGAAUUAUUUUAAAUAUUUUAUGCUGACUUGGCAGUGACAUGGCGCUUUGACUAACGGUCAACGCGUUUGACCGUCCAAGUUAACGGUCAAAAGUCGGAUCUGGCCAAAUUGUUUAUUUUGGUGUAUAGUUCGGGCCAAGAUGUUAUAGAUCGAAAAGAUUGGCCAGGAUGUUUAUUUUGGUUAAAGUUCAGGCCAUACGAAAAUAUUAACCUUUAAUUAAAUAUGGAUGUAAAUUUUAGAGAAAUUGGCUUCAACUAUGUAAUGUAUAUACAAUAUACAUUACAUAUAGUCAUUUAGUGUUAAUGAUUUUUCACUUCUUUAUCUGUUUUUGCUAAAAUCGACAUGGACUCGGUAAACCGAUUAUACCACUAAUUAGAGCACACCACUUGUCUAAUUGUCAAUUUGUCAUAACGGUCUAAACCAGUUUUACAACUGGUUAAUUGAUUGCCCAACCGUUUUUGCAACAAUAUUAAUUUCGUUUUUUACUAUAAAUAGCAACAGAUGAACGGCCAAAGGGUGGUUUCUUUCUCUUCUGCUCUUCUCUCUCUCUUUCCACUUAUGGCAGCAACUCCACUCGCCCGAGUCCACUCGCCCGCCACCCUCUUUGCUCGUUUUCAACUCGGUCCUGGGAUUCUGAGUCGGCUCAGCACCUCCUCUGCUCUCGUUGAGCGAGUUGUAAGUUCCCUGCAACUCCAUUUAUACAUUCAUAUGAUCUGUCUGGGGGUGUGUUCAUUCAUUCAUUCAUUUCGUAUGUGGAAAGCACAAGCAGAAACAGCCUUGAAAAUGGUGGUGGGUCUUCCAUUCCAAUCCCUUAUUGCUUCUCUCAUGGGUUCCUGACAUGGGUGCCUUGUGAUGUGAUCGAGCUACCAAUUUCGUUUCUAGAAAUAAGUUUUCUUUCUCUUAGCAGUAUUUUUGAACUUUCGUCCAGCUAAUCCGAAAUUGUGUUUGGCUUUAGGGUGUUUGGCUGUGCAAAAUUGUGUCCUAUGGGUUCUGGUUGUUAUUGCUUUUUCGUUUUCCUUUCUACCGGAAUUUGUGUAACUUCACAUUGGAGAAACCCUCUAGCUUCCUUUUCUCUGUCGGUUUGGGUGCAUUAUGUGGAUGUAAAGAGUAGGAGGUAGAGAUGAGGGUAACUAAAGGAGGAAGGUUAGGAUGGGCCCUUUUAUGGAUGGAAUUCAAUGAAUGAUGGGGUACUGGUGCUUGGGCAGAAUAUUUUUUUUUUCUUGCCAUUUGACAUGUAUGGGCAUUCAUGUGUGUAUGUGUCCAUGUCAUGGAAAAGGAAAUGAUAAUUGAGGCCUUUGUUAAUCCCCCCAUCUCAAAAGAUAUGUGGUUCCUUGAGAAGAUAAGGAAAGGGGAAAGCAAUAUAUGUGGUUUGGGAUGGAACUUGGACUGGAGUCAUAGAUAGAAAUGUUAAUUGCCUUUCAACAAGUGAGUCUAUUGGUCUAGAUAACUGUCCAUCUGAUUGAUAACAUCGUUGACAUCUCAAGGACUGUGUUACCAUUUUGUGCCUCUGAGCAGUAUAAUUAUAAUAGAAACAAAUAAACCAAGGUGGUAUAAGAGCUCGCGUAGAUGCUCAAAUUUGUAGUAAGUAAUGUCCUAAGGAGUUUUUGGCAAGAAGGGUUAGUCAAAGAAGUGUUUGUAGCUUUGAAGAGGAACUCACAUCUAUAGACUUGAAAUUCAAAGAUUCACACUGCUGCUUUCUACAAGUGCAGGACCAGUAUAGAAACGUGUUGCAUGGUCCAAUUCCUAGACGAAUGGAAUACAAAGACUUAAUGUAUGAAAGGAUGCCUGGUUGCUUUGUCGUUAUUGUGGACUAUGGAGCUUACAAGCCCAUCUAUCUACCCUACAAUUUCGCUAGGGUUAGCUAGAUCAAGUUCAUCAAUCCACUGGACAUGUGGGUAUAUGAAGAAUGCCAAGCUCGUUGGAGGAGAGCAAUUAAUAAUUUUGAGUUGUAGUUGUUUGAUAGUGAAGUGACAGAAUUGAUCACUCUGUCUAUGGGGUCCCCCAUGCUGUAAAUGUGGCUUGACUUGUGGACUGAAAUGCUUUUCUUUUACCUGUUGUUUUAAGGCCAGUAAAUAUUCAUGACAAACCCUGUCUUGGGCAGCUUAUUAGUUCUUACCACUUCCCUGGAAUGAUGAGAGUGUCAGUUGCUAGAGAUCUGAACAGCUGUCUGAUGGUUUGAUACUGUUCAAAUGGAUGGGUUCUAUUCUUAAAUGAAUAAAGGUUAUGUUACUGGCCUGAUUUCUUCGGAAUAUUUGUGGUAAAGAUGAUGAUUAUGGAGAACGUUGUUGUAGGAAUUGUUGUACUUUUUCUUUCUUUCCAAACUUUUGGUGUGUUAAAAUAGGAAGAUGCUAGUUUCCCUUGAAAUCUAUGGUUCUGGUACAAUUUCUAGCAGGAGUUCUGACUCAAGUGCUACUAUUGAUUGGGGAGGAGACGGUAAGAAUCUGCUGUUAAAGUUUGGAUUGUCGGAUAUGGUAUAUUCUUUACUGAUGUGGUUCUGAAUUCUUGUGGUGCUGUCUGAGUAGGAUUCUGCUUGGAUGGAGGCUGGUGGGUGAUUUUAUUGCCUGUGCUGCAGCGGUGAAUUUGUGGCUGGUGGUGGGGGUAUUGUGACCAUUCGGGUGGCAUGUGCUAAGUGUUAUUGUCUUGGUCAAAAUGGGAAGGGGGAAGAUCCACAUGAAGACACCUCUGACAAAUUUAAUUCCACUUGUUUGCUUGGUGGGAAAGUAGAUUAAUCAUCUCGCCUGAAAGUGACAUCCUUUUUUUCUGGGGCAAAGGACACUUUUUUUAUUUCCUGUUGGUUUUCAUCAUCUUCAUUUCUGUUGUACCUCGAGCCCUCUUUAAAAAUUAGACGGAGAGAGGUUGGUAAUCUGUUUUCCUUGAAGGGGACAUCAGAAGUUUCUCCUGAAACCUGUUGUAUCUCAAUUCUCAACUCUGGGUUCUGGAAGAAGAAACAGCUGCAACCUAAAGGUUCGUGCUUUAAGUUAUUCUCCACUUCCGUUAAGUUACUGGAGAUGAAAUUUACUCCGUAUCCUGUUUUUCUUGUUGUCUAUCUUGUACAUGUAGAGUGAGGAAAAGCUUCCAACCUGCAAAGCAUAACAAUCAAGGGUCCUUCUGCAUUCCAGCUUUCCUGACUUUUGCUACUUCAUUCCAGCUUGCUGUAAUUUGCUAUUUUGAACUAUGAAUGCUUAGAAUGGGAAUGGAGUAGGUGUAUUUGUGAAGACAACUGUAAAUGCGUCAUAUUGAAAAGAACAACACUUUUUUCUCUCAAUCUGUACCCACUACUUCUCUUGUUAUGGAGUGGAACUUGAAGGCUGCAUCUGAUUGGGACUGGGAUAACAUAAUUGGGUUCAGCUCUAAGGCAUGUGGCACUCAGAAACAAGGGAAGCACUUCUUAACCCAUGAUGAUGCUGAAGAAGGACUUACUGGGAUGAAUAGUGGAUACAUCUAUUCACCUGGAUGUGGUGGUGGUUUUUCAGGCUCUGAUUCAGGACAUGGCUCUUCAUCCAAGAGCUCUGUGGAAGGACUUCCUGACCGUAUCAGUAAGAACCAUUUGAGCAUUGUGGGAAAUGUUGAGAGUGUUUCACCUGUGGAUGCUGCUGCCGGUUCUGGGGAACACGUGAUUGGUCUGAAGCUUGGUAAAAGGACGUAUUUUGAAGAUGUAUGUACACCUGGAAACACCAAGUCAUCGCCGUCCUCUUCUUCUGUGAUUGCAAGCUCCUCUGUUGCUGCACCUAAGAGAACUAGGGCCUCUUGUCAGAGUUUACAGUCUCCAUGCUGUCAAGUUGAAGGAUGCAACCUUGACCUCAAGUCAGCGAAAGAUUACCACCGGAGGCAUAGAAUAUGUGAGAGCCACUCAAAGAGUCCCAAGGUCAUUGUUGCUGGCCUGGAACGCCGGUUUUGCCAGCAGUGCAGUAGGUUUCAUGAGUUGUCAGAAUUUGAUGACAAGAAGCGAAGUUGUCGUAGACGUCUUUCUGAUCACAAUGCACGCCGUCGCAGGCCUCCGCCAGAGGCGCUCCAAUUUGGUUCAACCUUGUCUACAACGGUAUAUGAUAACAGAAGACAGAUGAAUGCUAUGUUGAAUAGGGUCGCUCUACCAGCAAAAAGUUUCACCUGGCCAACUAGCUUGGGUUAUAAAUUCGCCCAAGCAGGAGAUUCUUUCCUUGGAUAUGUGAAGUCAGAAGGCAUGCGUAGGCAGAUGAGUGAUUUGUCUAACGAGUUGAAUGACUCAACAUCUGCCUUACCAAUGAUCUCAGACAAGGGUCUGUCUUUCAAGGGCAGUUCAUCUCAGAUCUUUAGUCAAGGUUUGGAGGGGCCUGCAGUGACUUGUGACCUAGAGAUGAACCCUGAUUUAGGGGGUGCUCUCUCUCUUCUGUCAACCAAUUCCUCCUCCUGGGGUAUGAAUGAGCCUCCUGAUUCAGCUCCUCUGGACCAUCUGAUGCUCGCCAACGAAACAAGCCUGGGCCAGACGAUGAUGCCUGCAGAACCGCAAAGUUGGUCACUCUCAUCAUCAGAAAAUGCACCCAUGGAGUCGCGGGGGAACUUGUUUGAUUUACAAGACAAUGAAAGCAUCAGUUUCCAGCAGUUUCAGCCGUUUAAAACGCCUCAUCACUCCAACUGCUUCUACCCUGGUCAAAUGAACUAAGCUGUUGGAAAUGGUUUCUUGUCUUUCGUCAUAACCUUAAUGCUAGCUGAGGUCAGUAUGCUGAUCCAUGCUAUGGAUUUUACGCAUUUUAAUGACUGUGUACUACCUUAUUGGCAAAUGCGGUUUCAGUCUCGCAAGCUGUUGACAUGAUUGGUUCAGAUAUCUUGCAUCAAUAACAUUUCAGUUCAUGUGAAGCAGUAGUUACGAAAUGCUCCCGAAGCGAGUUGGUCAUUUGGCUUAAUCCAUGGUUACUCUAUUCAUGCCGUUCCCUAACGUUGGAGGGUUCCAUCUGUAUGUAUUUUCAGGUAUUGUCAAGCAAGCAAGAUGGAUCAGCUUCAAUCUACAAAGGGAAGAGAAGGUGAUGUGACUGCAAAACUUGGUUAAGCAAGUUUCCGUCAGCAGGCCACAAACCCUAGCCCUAUUUCCCCACUCCUCACCCCUACUGAAUUGUUGUUUGCUGGUGGGAUCGGUUUCCCAUUCUAUGAAAACGUUUUGUUGGAUUCACCUUUUGAUAAUGGGAUGGCAAUUAGUUUCUCAUGUUUCCCUCAAUCAAUACUAAUCAAAUGAGGAAGGUUUACGGGUAAAUUGCAAGGUUGCUCAUUGGAAGUUCUAAAAAAUUCACGUUUGGUCAUCACGUUUGGUCAUCAAAAGUAUUUUAUUCCUUUCCUGGUCAUUGAAGUGGUUAAACGUUUCACGUUUGGUCACUCUCCGUCAGUCUCAGUUAACACAAUCAAUUUUUUGUUGAUGUAGCUAAUGGAAGUGUCCAGUCAACAUAUUUUAACCCAAAAAAAUUUAUACUCAACCCGCCACAUCAUCAAAACUAACUCAACCCAUUAACUCAAUCUGUGACCCGACCCGUAACCCGCUCCCCUUUCUUCUCCGCUGAACGAAACAUCGACCGCUCCCCUCAGUUAGUUGGUCCCCUACUCCUUCAACAUUGGUACCUCUCUCUCAUAGGUUCCGUCAAAUCGAAGAUGAGACCUUCCACCACCUCUGUCGCUUUCUCAUUCAAAGUCAUCGUCGCUUUCUCAAUAAGAGCUUUUGUCACAUACAGCGACAGAUCUAACAUUUAAUAGAGUGAAAACGCAGUAAUUGACUGAGAAGAGACUCCCACCGAUUCCGGAUCUGUUCACUUUUCUGCACGCAGCAACAAGCCGCCAUCGCCGUCAGUGGUGGACCCAAGGCAAGGGAGGGUGUGUCGUCCGACACACCCUUGCCCGAGAAUUUUGUGAAGGACCUACAUAUUUUCGGUACAAAAAUUUUAAGUUCUGGACUUCCGACAACUCUUCGAUAAUUAUAGCCGACACACCUUCAUUAGACUGAAAAUUUUUUAUUAUUUAAAUGAAUCAAUCUUAAAUUC